ACACCUGGGGAAGUUGUCUACUUUCACAAAUCGUUCUGCACCGGCGCACAACUGGGCUUCAAUAUGUUGUGGACAUAAGGAACCUCAUGUUGAUAAUAAGGGAAUGUACAGUAUCGAUUCGCACUUGACUGUAAAUAAAUAUUUUGUAUGCUAAACGCACGGAUUGUUAUGCGUUACCAUGGCUUUGUCGGAACUCUAUACGAAGUACAACAGAGUGUGGAUACCGGAUGCAGAGCAUGUCUGGAAGUCAGCAGAGAUCCUGAGAGACUUCAAACCUGGAGAAGAGGCUUUAGAACUGCAGCUUGAGGAUGGCACUGAGAUGGUGUACCCCCUGGACAAAUCCAGUCCUCAGCUCCCUCACCUCCGCAACCCUAAUAUCCUGGUGGGAUCGAAUGACCUGACAGCUCUCAGCUAUCUCCACGAACCUGCCGUACUACACAAUCUCAAAGUGCGCUUCGUGGAGUCCAACAUCAUCUACAGCUACUGUGGAAUCAUCCUGGUGGCUGUCAACCCAUACAAGCAGCUUCACAUCUAUGGAGAUGCAGUCAUUCGGGCGUACUCUGGACAGAACAUGGGAGCUAUGGACCCUCACAUAUUCGCUGUGGCAGAGGAGGCUUACAAACAGAUGGCCAGGAACAAUAAGAACCAGUCUGUUAUAGUGAGUGGUGAGUCUGGAGCGGGGAAGACUGUGUCUGCUCGGUAUGUCAUGAGGUACUUCGCUAUGGUCAGCAAGUCUGGCAGCAAAACACGUGUGGAAGACAAAGUUCUGGCAUCCAAUCCAAUAACUGAGGCUAUAGGAAAUGCCAAGACGACCAGGAACGACAACAGCAGUCGCUUUGGGAAGUACACAGAGAUCAGCUUCGACAGGAGAUAUCAGAUCAUCGGGGCCAACAUGAGGACGUAUCUCCUGGAGAAAUCUAGAGUGGUUUCCCAGUCAGAGAACGAGAGAAACUACCACAUCUUCUACCAGAUGUGUGCCUGUGCAGAGCAGUCUGAGUUCAAGAGCCUGAGAUUGUUGAGUGCAGAGGAGUUCAGGUACACCUGUAUGGGCGGGGAGACGGGCAUCGAGGGGGUGGACGACAGGAAGGACAUGGAAGAGACACGCAGGACCUUCUCGCUGUUGGGGUUAACGGAGGACUUCCAGUCGGAUGUGUUCAAGGUGCUGGCUGGGAUUCUACACCUGGGGAAUGUAGAGAUCAGAGACGUCGGAUCAGACAGAUCAUCAGUUAGUUCCAGUGAUCAACACCUAGCUGCUUUCUGUGACCUUCUCGGGGUCAGUCCUGAUGGUGUUACCCGUUGGCUGUGCCAUCGCAGGAUAGCCAUGGUGGCAGAGACGGUGGUGAAGCCGGUGCCCAGUGAACGGGCUGUGAGCGCCAGAGAUGCCCUCGCCAAGCAGAUCUAUGCCCACCUGUUCGACUGCGUCAUCCAGAAGAUCAAUGCAGCCCUGCAGGUGCCAGGGAAACAGCACUCCUUCAUAGGAGUACUGGAUAUCUAUGGAUUUGAAACAUUUAACAUCAACAGUUUUGAACAGUUUUGCAUCAACUACGCCAACGAGAAGCUUCAGCAACAAUUCAACUUGCAUGUGUUCAAGCUGGAGCAGGACGAGUACAUGAAAGAGGAUAUUCUGACUCUGAUAGACUUCUAUGAUAACCAGCCGGUCAUUGACCUGAUUGAAGCUAAGAUGGGCAUCCUGGACCUGCUGGAUGAAGAAUGCCUGUUCCCACCAGGUACCAGAUCAAACUGGCUUCAGAAGCUUAUGUAUAACUGACCCUGGUCUGACAACCCUCUGUUUGAGAAGCCCAGGAUGUCUAACAAGGCCUUCAUCAUUCAACACUUUGCUGACAAGGUAGAAUAUCAAUGCUGGGGUUUUCUAGAGAAGAACAGAGACACAUUGUAUGAAGAGCUGGUGGAUACCAUGAGAACCAGUAAGUUUCCUCUCCUGGCCAACUUCUUCCUGGAGGUGGAGCCAGAUGGGUUGGGCAGUAAAGGCAUCAAAGUGAGGCCUGCCCGGCCUCGGGUGAAACCAGCCAAUAAGAACCACAGGACCACUGUGGGAGAGAAGUUCAGCAGUUCUCUGUACCUGCUGAUGGGGACUCUGAACGCCACCACCCCUCACUACGUACGCUGCAUCAAGCCCAACGAGGAAAAGAUGCCGUUUGAGUAUGACUCCAAGCGGGUGGUCCAGCAGCUGAGGGCGUGUGGAGUCCUGGAGACCAUUCACAUCAGCGCUCAGAGUUACCCUUCCAGGUGGACGUACAUAGAGUUCUACAGCCGGUACAGUAUACUAAUGAGUCAAGAGGAGCUGGGCCUCAACCACAAGAAACUGGCCUGUAAGACAGUGCUGCAGAGGCUAAUUCAGGACUCAGACCAGAACAAGUUUGGCCGGACCAAGAUCUUCUUCCGAGCGGGUCAGGUGGCCUACCUGGAGAAGCUUCGAUUGGACCGUCUCCGAAAGGCAUGUCUGACCAUCCAGAAGCACGUGAGGGGGUGGAGCCACAGGAGGAAGUUCCUUCGCAUGAGGGAGGCGGCUAUCGUCCUCCAACAGUACGUCCGUGGACAGCGGCAGAUAUGUAAAACGGUGACGGCUGMAGCGUUGAAGCAGGGCUGGGCUGCUGUGGUCAUUCAGAGGUACUGGAGAAGUUAUCUGACCAGACAGAUCUAUAGAAUGGUCCGUUUCUCCUCUAUCAUCAUCCAAGCCUUCACUAGAGGCUGGAUCGCCAGRAAACGCUACAAAAAGAUGGUGGAGGUGCAGAAAGCAAUAAUCUUACAGAAGUAUGCCCGGGCGUGGCUCRCCAGGAGACGCUUCCAGAGCCUGCGCCGCCUGGUACACAAUGUACAGCUCUCCUACAGGUGCCAGCAGCUCAGGAAGAAACUGGAAGAUCAGGCCAAAGAGAACCGUGGGCUGUUGGAGAGGCUGACAGGUCUGGCCGGUGCUCACGCCCAAGGUCUAGACAAGCUGCGCUGUCUGGAGGCCCAGCUGGGGAAAUCAGCCACUGAGAAGGCUUCGCUAGAGGAGCAAGAGAAGAAGAGCAAGGAGGAUGCCACGAAGACGAUAGCUCAGCUUCAAGAGGAAAAAGACAAAUUAAUCGUUGAAAAGCAGAACUUGGAAAAAAAGUGUGCAGAUUCAGCAACAGAGAUGAAAGAACAGCUGUCAGAACUACGACAACAUAAACAGGAGCUGGAAGUUCAACUGGAGAAGCAGGCCAGAAAGAGACCGGGCUGUUGGAGGAGGCCUGCUGAGAAAGGAUUGAGAGGGAGAAGCAGAGGUGGAAGGGACAGGGAGGAUGUGGAAGAGGGUGGAAGGAGGACGAAGCUAACAAACACCAAUAUCAAGAGCCUUCAAACAUCCGAGGAAGCCAAUCAAACACCAGCGCCCACUAUUACCAACGAAUACCUUGGCAUGUUGGAGUACAAGAGGGAGGAUGAAGCCAAGCUCAUUCAAUACGUCAUUCUGGACCUGAAACCCAGAGGGGUACUGGUUAACAUGAUCCCCGGCAUGGCUGCUCAGCUUCUCUUCAUGUGUGUCCGUCACGCUGACUACCUUAACGACGGAGCCAAGCUCAAGUCUCUCAUGAACKCCAUCAUCAGUGGGGUUAAAAAGGUCAUCACGGAUCACCAAGAAGACUUUGAGUUGCUAUCGUUCUGGCUGUCCAACACGUAUCACAUGCUCAGCUGCCUGAAGCAGUACAGUGGAGAAGAGGAGUUUAUGAAACAGAACACUCCGCGUCAGAACAAGAACUGCUUGCGGAACUUUGACUUGUCUGAACACAGACAGAUCUUCAGUGUUGUCCAACAGGCUGUGAAACAGACCUUCUUCCUGGUGGGUGCGGACACACUCAACAACAUCCUGCUACGCAAAGACAUGUGCUCCUGUAGGAAGGGCAUGCAGAUCAGAUGUAACACCAGUUAUACCCUGUCGUCGUGGCUAAAGGAGAAGGAACUAGUGCAGGGUACCAUGGCUACUCUGAAGCCUCUGUCUCAGGCUGCCUGGCUGCUGCAGGUCAACAAGACCACUGAUGACGACAUCAAAGACAUCACAGAGCAUUGCUCAGAACUCAGCCCUGUACAGAUUGUCAAGAUUUUGAACUCUUACACGCCCACUGAUGAUUUUGAGAAAAGGGUGGCACCGUCAUUCGUCCGCAAAGUUCAGGGCUUGCUCCAAGACCGUGAGGGGGGAUGCUCCCAGCUGAUGCUGGAUACCCAGUAUCGUUUCCAGGUCACCUUCCCCUUCACCCCGUCCUCUCAGGCCCUGGAGCUACUGCAGAUACCAUCCAGCCUCAAACUGGGCUUCCUCACCAGGAUCUAACCUCUAACCUCUGACCUCUGACCCCUUCACCCCGUCCUCUCAGGCCCUGGAACUACUGCAGAUACCAUACAGCCUCAAACUGGGCUUCUUCACCAGGAUCUAACCCCUGACCUCUGACCCCUUCACCCCGUCCUCUCAGGCCCUGGAGCUACUACAGAUACCAUCCAGCCUCAGACUGGGCUUCUUCACCAGGAUCUAGUGAUCUCUGUGGUGUUAGAGAAGCGGUCCAGUAACCUCAAGGUGGCUGGUUUUUAAUCCCAGUGAUGAUUGGGGAAAAGCUGGCAGGAGUGAAGUUGCCACUUUCUACUAGAGUCUCAGGUGGCUCCGACUGCCAUUGUGUCCUUGAGCAAGGCACUCCUAACCAAUCAAUCAAUCAAAUGUAUUUAUAAAGCCCUUUUUACAUCAGCCGAU